AUGGGAAAUUCUUGGAAAGGUAUAUCAAAUGAGAAGCAAAUACUUGCAGAAAUUUAGUUGUACAAGAGAGCAGGAUUAACUUUUAGGGACUUUGGAUUUGCUGAUGCAGUGAUUCAACCUUAUAAAAAUGAAAAGACUGUUGACAGGCCUGGGGAAAACUAUAUACAUGCAGUAGAGAUAAAGAGAUCUGACUUAGUAAAUGAUGAUCUACCCAUAAUAAUUAUGAUCCAUGGUUAUGGCUCGGGUGGUGCGAUGUAUCAUAGACUAGUCAAGAAAUUAGCUCCUUACUUCCAUAUUUUUGUCUUGGAUUUACUGGGAAUGGGAUGUAGUGGCCGGCCUGAGUACAAUUUCAAGGAACCAGAUGAAGCUGAGGAGUUCUUCGUAGACUCUCUAAGACAGUGGAAAGUCAAAGUUUUUAAGGAGAAAGGCAUAUCUUAAAACAAAAAGUAUUACUUAUGCGGUCACAGUCUCGGUGGCUAUAUUUCAAGUGUCUAUGCUUUGAAAUAUGAAAAUGAACUAGAGAAGUUAAUACUUUUAUCACCAGUGGGCAUACCCAAAAAACCUGAUGAUUUCGAUUACUUAACAAUCGCCAAAAAGUUUGACACUUUGCCUAAGAGAGUAGGAGCAAGAAUGAUAUUAUACCUUUGGGAUAAAAGCUUCACACCAUUUGAUGUCCUUAGAUAUAUAGGAGGAUCUGGAACUCAUUUAUUCCUGAAGUUCUACAUGGGUAAGCGAAUGCCAAGUAUAUCUGAUCUUGAAGAGAUCUAAGAAGUUAAAAAUUACUUUUAGCAGAUAUUCUUAAGACCAUCCUCAAGCGAAUAAGCUUUGAAUACAAUACUAAGUCCUGGAUCAUGGGCUAGAAAGCCUCUGCAAGAUAGAAUUAUUGAUAUAAAAGCACCAAUAGUCUUAAUGUAUGGAGACAGAGAUUGGAUGGACUCUACAGUAGCCAAAUAACUAGUAAAUGAUAAAAAGAUAAAUGCUACUUUCCAUGUCAUAGAAAAUUCAGAUCAUCAUUUGUAUUUAGAUAAUCCCAUUAGAGUAGCAUACAAGAUAUUAGUAGAGACUCAUGGAAUGAAGGUUGCAUAGGCGUAUUUAUACAAGAAAUAACAUUAUACUUCUGAUUGA